GAUCGUCUCACAGCGACGAUUUGUACAGCCAGCGAUUGCGAGCUAGAGUUGUCGGUCCUUUGACGGAGUUGCCGGUCCUUGUGCAGAGUUGUCGUUUAUAGUUCGUUUCAUGGUUGGAGAUUCUCAUUGACUGACGUUAUAUUGAUACGUUUAUUAUAGACGAGCAGAAUAUUAGUUUAUUUCUCCAAACAAAACGUGACCAAAAUCUAAUAAAAUAUAGCACUUGUCUACAAAUUCUCAACUAAUCGAACUCCCCCUGACACUGAGGAUUGUUGGGUAUAAUCACAUCGCUGAUCUACUUUCUCAGACGACGCAGAACUUUGUAUUUUGAGCCAAAGGGAACAUAUAUAGACGAGACCAUUCUACGGCAGAAUUAAACAUGGACGGUUCAAGAGUAGCAGGGGACAUUACUCGAAUCUACAGACUGCUCUCUGCACACGAGUUACCGGCCAUCGUCUAUCGGCACGUAACUAGAAUAAUUUUGUAGAGUAACGCUACAGGGCCGGGCAUCACCAUCGCAUGAAGAUACCCCAUCGUAAGGGCAUCGGCAACUCAAAAAAUACACACCAUCUUCAUCACUACACACUAUUUGUAUUUUUAUUUUCAAAAGUUAGCUGACACCAGAGUACUAUGAUUUGCUAUGCGUAUCUGAGGCGACUCGUGUGUCGGAAGCUGCUCACGGUCCUGCUCUUCUCCUACAUCGGCGUCAUCCUGCUCUUCCUGCUCCGGGUCGACGUCACGGAGCCCAAGCCGGAGUCGGACCUGUCUCUCUUUCCCCUGGCAUCGUCCCCGGGCCUGAGUCCACGAGCUGACGUCUCGCAGAGAGAAGCAAACCGCACAUCUGUGACUAGACUCGCCUUCUCGGAAACGCCCGGCCAAACUCGUCAAAUCCACUCAAGCGUGUCGCCACCGACAACGCAACUUCCGGAAAAAUAUUUCCAAUCCCCGUCACCUAUAUCCGAACCGGAUUCGGAUCUAAAAAUAUCCGACGUCGAUUCCGGCGAUUUCGUCGCCAUCGCGAAACAAGUGUACGUCUAUUCCGCGUUCAUGGACGACCGAAAAGAGAAACGCUUCAUCAGGAUUCUGACGUUAACUUCACAGAAUUUCGCCGUCACCUACAACAUCUACUGCUACUUCAACGACUCCAUUUCCGCACCCCCGGUAAAAGCCGUGUUCUACCAGCUGUGCGAAAACCACGCUCGGAUGUUCGGCGGUUAUUUCUACUCCUGCCCCGUCCCUGACUCACUGGAAACAAAUUCCGAGGGUCUAAACUACAUAGUCAUCUCCGCCUCCAAACACGGACCCCGCAUCAAACUAAACGUUCUACAAAUUCAACCACCGAAAUACAAAAUUCCUUUUCUAGACGCUUACCCACAAGAAAAGGAUUCUCCGCUCUCUAGUCAAAUAUUAAAUGUUAAUCUUAAUGUGCCUUCUGAUAAACAAACACCUCCAACUACAACUGGUCCAUCUAACACAGAAUUCCAACCAUCUUUCGCCAUAUGCGUUUCGCCUCUUUUCGGCAACGUCAACCCAUACCGGUUGAUAGAAUUUAUAGAACUCUCCAGACUUUUAGGAGCGGAACAUUUUUACUUCUACAACCACAGCUUACCCGAGCCCGUCUCCAGGGUGCUGAGGUUCUACAGCAACAGAAAGAUCGCCACGGUCCUACCCUGGCGCCUCCCCUCCAUCGUCCCGGGCGCGGGGAUCUGGUACAACGGCCAACUCCUGGCCAACAACGACUGUCUGUACCGGGCCAUGCCCAAACACGACCUGGUGUCUUUCAACGACAUUGACGAGUUCGUCGUCCCACAUUCAAACUUCACCACCUGGGGUGACGCCUUCAGGGGCCUGCUCACCCACGACAGGUGUGGUCUCUCGUUCCAGAGCGCGUUCUACGACCUGGGGCUGCGGAGUCUGGACGAGGACAAUCUGCUCACGCCUAUACUGAUUGCACGCUCGAAGGAAUACAGUAAGGUGAGAACCAAGGUCAUCCUCUGCCCCUGGCGUGUGUUCGAGGUGGGCAUCCACCACAUCAGCAAGCAGAACCGGGAGCUGUGGCGCUCCCACAGCGUCGACCCCGCCUACGCCUACGUCCACCACUACCGCCAGUGCGCCGCCGACUACGGCAUGAACUGCAAGCACUGGGAUAAGGACACGACCGUAGGUGAACGGUACCUACGGUCGCUGACCACCAACUUUGUCAGUGCCGUCAAGCAAAUUUUCAGCCUCCUGGAUAGGCCUCAGUGGAUUCAAAGACUAGACCAACGCGGAUUGUAA